AUGUAUGAAAUUAUAAAAGAAUGGAAUAUCAAAUAUAAGAACGUCAAGCAAAUCACCCAAAAGUUGGACAUCACUGACAUGGUUUUCGAGGAAGGCGAAUUCAAUAAGGAAAAAUUUAACAUUGCCAAUGCCCAAAGACUUAGAAGAGUGGAGAUCAGUGAUUUGUUCGCUGCUACACAGUUUCUUACACAAAAUGAAGAAAACGAAACUAUUGCGGAUAUUGUACGACUUUUAAGAAAUAUUAUCAACGAUAAGUAUGAGCCAACAUUGAAAACACUAAGAAUUAACGGAAACGGAUUCAAAUUUCAGGAAGAUUGGAUAAAAACAAUCAGCUGCAUGGCUCCAUCGAUAACAAGUCUCAGUCUCCCUUGUUGUUCCAUAAGUAGUCUGGAAUUCACGAAAUUAUGUUUCAACUUUGCAACCCUCACAAAACUUGAUAUUAGUUGGUCAGGCGUGAAAAAACUUAAUGGAAUCUGGUUUCUGCAUAAUCUGGAAGUCCUAGACAUGAUUAGUUUGGAAUUCGAAAAAUCUGAAGAUGUUAUGGAUUUGUUCGAAUUGAAGAAACUGAGAGUUUUAAAUAUUACCGGAGAAGGUUUAUCAAAUAAUCUGCAAUGCUACUUAAGUUGCAACAAAGUUUUACCUGAACUUCGAUUUUUGGAUUGCUCUUGUAACGUCAUUGAUUCAAAUAAUCUUGAAGAGUUGGUGCAAACUCAUACAAAAUUAGAAAUGGUUGUUUUGUUUGGCACCGCCCUCGAGAGAACACCACAACUCGAAAUACCAGAUAGAAAAAUUGAAUUGCUGACUGUUGAGAACAUCCAAUGUUGCAUUAAGUCGACGAACUAUUUUCUAAAGGCAUCGAAAGUCAACAUGGAUUUUGUUAGACAAAUAUUCUCGGAACUCUAUAAUUAUAUGAACAACUCGGAAAUCAGUGACACUGAUUUCAAAGAAUGCUGUAUGUUCUAUAUUUAUGUUAUCAAUCGAUGGAAUUGGGAUGUGUUGCGUGAUUUCGCAUUCUGCAAUUUGCAAAUAAUUAGAAGUAGACCUCACCUAUUCGACUUUAACGAAAAACAACGUCUUGUUCAAGUUAUAGUGAGAUCGCUACCGAAAUACAAUGAAUCUGAACCACAUCACAUGUCAAUUCAUGCAUCAGCUUGCCACAUAGAACCAGAACCAUCAUCACUUUUAAUUGGAAACCAUUAUCUCAAAAUGAAGCUUAUCGACGGUGUUAUAAUUUUUCAAACAACUUCAAUGAGCUACUUUCAACUAUUUACAAUAAUAAAAGCAGUAUGUAUCCUGACGUACCACGACAGGGACAACUGUUCAAGUGCGGAAUCCAUAUUUGCUGCUGAGAUCUUCAUUGGAUCGGUAGUCGGUCUGGUGGAUCAUUUCUGUGAGGAAUUGAUGAGGGAAAUAUUUGUGUAUUUGAUCAAUCACUAUAUUAGCAACAUCGACAUGUCUGUAUUUAAAAAAAUAUUUAAGAGAGAUUGCGCUGAAGUGUUUUUACCAAUCCUUCUAGAUAGACAAUCAAAAGAGCAGGAGAGUGUGAUAUACUAUUUGCUUGCGUUAAUGAAGGAGAGCGAAGCCAGGAACUCUGACAUUGAAGACAACUAUUGCAUUGAAUCAGAAAUAAAGGAAAUUCAGACAUCGAUUGAGUCAUUUGAGAAGAUAAAAGGAGCUGACCAUAUGGAAGUGUUUCGGUGGUUGUGCAGAACAUCAGAGUCAAAAGACGUCGUUAGAUGGGCUAGAUGGUGCUUGGAGACCAGUGGUUUGGAAUUAUUAGAGGGAGAAGAAAAGGUGGGCCUUGGAGAAAAAGAAGAAGAAGACGACGACGAAAAAGUGAGCAAAUCUAAUGAAAAUCAACAGGAAGAGGAUGAGCAACCGGAUUCAAAGCGAAGACGGGUUGAAUGA